CUUCCUGUUAAAGAGUAAUCUAAUUUUUGAGAGCGGGAAUAGUUUGCCGGAUGGAUAGCUCGAAUGUAAAGAAAUGAAACUGUGCAUCAGCGUCAUAUUUAAAUGUUAAUUUAAGCAAAUUCCAGGUUUCGCUGUUAAUGUCAUGUGACAUAAACAUUUACGCUACAAAAAGUAACACGAGGGACCGCCUCGACUUGUCGCAGAGAAAAUGGCUAAUUCAUCUGUGGAGUACACCAUCGGAGGGGUGAAGAUCCACUUCCCCUGUAAGGCUUAUCCAUCACAACUGGCCAUGAUGAAUUCAAUUGUACGAGGGCUGAACUACGAGCAGCACUGUUUGCUGGAGAGUCCCACAGGAAGUGGGAAAAGCUUAGCCUUGUUGUGUUCCGCUCUGGCUUGGCAGCAAGCUCACAUCAGUAAGUCUAAAAUCCAGGAAGGAGGAAGCCAAGUUAACAACAAGGGCCAGUCGAAUAAAAUCCCUGAAGUGUGUAAGAAGGCGGACGGUGGCCCUCCAUGCCAGUGUGUGUGCCACAGCCAAGUUAGAGGAGCAGCACCCGCCAAACCUGGAAUAGUUGACCUUACUGAGUCAACAUGUGAAGAGCAGAGCAAAACACCUGCAAAGCUGCAUUCAUCAUCUGAUCAAGAAUUGUCACAUGUGGAGCCGACUUCUAAGAAACAGAGCUUAGCCUCCCGGCUGUCGGAGAAGUUGAAGAUGUCAUUGAUGUCUGUUGAAGAGGAUGAUGACUUCCAGCCAGACAGGAAACACACCAGUGUUGCUGAAAACAAGAGCCGAAAAAGGAAGCGUGAAGAAAAGGGAGUGAAUUUCAUUGAUGAUGAUGACGAGGUACCGGCAGGAAACGUGUGGCAGAACCAGAAGUGGGCGACAGGACCGAACAGCCCCGCAGCAGCCCAUUUGUCGUCAUCAUAUACUGUGCCAGAACUCUGCUCCAAGUGCCCAUGUGCUUCAGCCAAAGAAACACCAAAGGAAAAGGAUAAAGAUGCCAAAAAGAAAAUCCCCAAGAUUUUUUUUGGCACUCGAACGCAUAAGCAGAUAACACAGAUCACUCACGAGCUCAAACGCACCCGGUACUCUAACGUGCCAAUGACCAUCUUAUCCAGCAGAGAUCACACCUGUAUCCACCCAGAGGUGGCGCCACAUUCCAAUCGCAACGAGCGCUGCAAGGACCUGCUGGAGGCUAAGGACGGAAGGUCCUGCCGAUACUACCAUAAUGUUCAGAAGAUGCGAGACCAGCACACACUACAGAAUGUGCACGGACUAAACAUGGCCUGGGAUAUUGAGGACCUGGUGUCACUGGGCAAACAGCUCCGCUCAUGUUCUUACUACGCUGCCCGCGAACUGAGACAGGGUGCCUUAAUUGUCUUCUGCCCAUAUAAUUACCUACUCGAUCCAAUGAUCAGAGAAAGUAUGGAAAUCGACCUGACCGGACAGAUCCUGGUUCUGGAUGAGGCUCACAACAUCGAGGACUGUGCAAGAGAGAGUGCCAGCUACACACUGGACCAUAACAGUCUGCUGUUGUGCAGGGAUGAGCUGGAGGGCAUGAUCAAAAACAACAUCCGAAAAUCCAAACAUGAACUCCUCAGGGACUUCUGCUACAGUCUUACCAACUGGAUCCAAGAGAGUCGCAGCCUGAUGUGUGAGAGGGGAUACGAGGCUGCAAGUAAAGUCUGGAAUGGGAAGGACAUCCUGGUCAUCUUUCACAGUCUGGGCAUCACUGCAGACACCUUUGCUCUUCUAAAGGACAGCCUGGCAACAGUGCUUGAGAAAGAGGAGCGUGCUCUUUUAGUGAAUGGCAGAGAAGAUAUGGUCCCAGUUCCAACCAUCCACUCAUCUUCUGCCACCAUCCUCAAAAACCUCUUCAUGGUUCUGGAUUUCCUGUACAGUAACAACUGCAGGUUUGCUGAAGAUUACCGGGUCGCUCUGCAGAAGAGCUACGCCUGGACCAAUCAAGCCCCAGCAGAUGUGCCUGAUUCUCAGGGCUUCUUUGUGCGACCUCGUCACAGACAGCGGCACAGCGUCAGGGUCAAAACAGAAGUGCUGACACUCAGUUUCUGGUGCCUCAACCCAGCUGUGGCUUUCUCUGACUUAAGUGGAUCAGUGAAGAGCAUUGUUCUGACUUCAGGAACUCUGUCUCCUAUGGGUUCCUUCUCCUCUGAACUUGGGGUUAAGUUCUCCAUCCAGCUAGAGGCCAACCAUGUCAUCAACAAGUCCCAGGUUUGGGUUGGCACAAUUGGUGCAGGACCCCAAGGCAGAAAACUUUGUGCUACCUUCCAACAUACUGAAACCUAUGCCUUCCAGGAUGAGGUAGGAGCUCUGCUGCUGGACAUUUGCCAGGUGGUCUCCAAGGGUGUGCUCUGCUUUUUGCCAUCUUAUAAGAUGCUGGACAAGCUCCGGGAAAGAUGGGCCAACACUGGUCUCUGGGAGAAACUGGAAGAAAAAAAAAUAGUCAUCACUGAGCCCCGGGGUGGUAGCAAGGGAGACUUUGAUGAACUUCUCCAGACUUACUAUGAUGCCAUUAAAUACACCAAUGAAAGAAAUGGUGCUUUGUUGAUUGCUGUAUGCAGGGGUAAAGUGAGUGAAGGGCUGGACUUUACUGAUGACAAUGCAAGAGCAGUGGUGACCAUUGGAAUUCCCUUCCCAAACUUUAAAGACCUGCAGGUUGAACUUAAGAUGAAAUACAAUGACCAGCACUGCAAGUCCAGAGGUCUUUUACCAGGUCAUCGCUGGUAUGAGAUUCAAGCCUACAGAGCCUUAAACCAGGCCCUUGGGAGGUGUAUCCGCCAUAGGAAAGACUGGGGCGCUCUGAUUCUAGUGGACGACCGCUUCAGGAACAAUCCUAAUAAAUACAUCACAGGUCUCUCCAAAUGGGUUCGCCAGCUUGUCCAACAUCAUGACACCUACAGCAAUGCCAUGCAGUCUCUGGUGGCAUUCUCUCAGCUGCAGCAGAGCACAGACACGGUCCCUGCAGACAGUCAGACCGGCUGCUGCACUGACUCAUCCCAAAAGCAUCAGUUCACGAUAGAUUUGGAUGGAGAAGGUCUGUCCCAGGUCCCCCUGCCCAGGACACCUGUCAGAUGUGAGAAACCGAAGCCUGACCCUUUGCAGAACAAAAACCUUCCCACAGCCAAACCAUGUUCUUCAACACAGUUUAAAACAGAACAAAAUGGACGCCCAGACCUAUUAAAGUCACCAAACUCCCUCUCUGAUCAGACGAGAACAACUCAGUCUUUGUUUCACAUUUUCACCUCCACCCCAAUUAACAACUGUUUCAAGAAGGCUAUCUUCAAAGCGAAACCAUCCAGUGAUUCCAGUUGUCACCUCGAGGCAGCUAAUCAUCCUGAGAACCAGGAGAAAGAGCAGAUCACCUCUCCACACAGGACUGAGGCUGAGGUGUCUUGUCUUCAACAAGAGGACAGAGGCGCCUCUAAUGAAAUUAAAGUGGAACCAGACAGUCUGGCUCUGGGGCCAUCUUCAAUAACAGAACCUCCUAGGUGCGAAAGUGAAGCACCCUCAGCAGACAAUCCAGAGGAAGAUGACGAUCAGACCCUCUUCUGUACUCCAGAGCUGUUUGACGGAGAAGGAGAUGAGACCAGUGAAGAGACAGAAAUAAAGGCUGAGCCACCUGCUGUGAUAGGUUCAGAACCACUUCUUAACUCUUUGCAGGUUCAGGGCCGUGGGCAAACCUCUGACUCUGAUAGACAGGGUGAUAAUUCAGCCAGUGAGGAGAGUAAGAAGAGCACAGAGCUGCCGCAGGGACACGUAGAAGGGACAAAAGAACAGAAGCAGUGUGAGGACACAGAGCAGGUGGUUAACCACAGCCAAUCGCACAGUAGACUCCGCAGACUGUCCAGGUCCAGACAGAAACCUCCCUCAACCCAAGCAGGUGCAGGCUGUGACUUUGAGAGUGUAGAUAGAGUGACCUGUGUGAAGGGUGAACCACAGAGCAGCCAGAGGAGGACGACCGAGGUCAGAGAGGAUCAUGACCUAAAGGUAGUGACUGUAAAUGUGAAGAGCAGGGCUUCCAGAAUCAGAGGCAGGAGAGUGCAGAGCCUCGGUUCAGACCUGGACAAAGAGAAUGGCAGCAGGACAGGUCAUCACUCUGAGGUGAUAAAUGUGCAGAGGAAUUCCAAGAAAACACGCAGAAGAUGUACCAAAGCGUCAGCAAAAGAAAAGGAAAGAACAGUGAAAGAGCAGACUCCAUGCUGUGUGGGACUCUACUGCAGUAUGUGUGAAACAGAACUUCUCCCUGAUGCACUUAGGUCACUUCGAUGGGAUGCACGUGACUUUGGAAAUCUAACCUCUCUGAGUAGCGAACUGUGGCGUCAGCCUGCAUCAGCCACCAAACACUGCCAGUGUCAGACAGAACCAUCAUCUCUACACGGUUCAGACACACUCCUGCUUGUACAAAGUCCUGCUUCUCUAAAGGCCUUGAGAGCAGCCCUGGAACCUUACUGGGAUAACAGGUUACCAGCAUAUAACGCCCUGUGGAACAGUCAGGACUGCUCCGUCAGCAGAUUCAUGCAGUGUAAAGUCUGCGUGUCCCAAAGAUCUGCUUCAUCCACAGCUUUAAUGGCAGCAGAGACGCAGUACCCAGAAGACAGGUCUAAAGAUCAGCUGAAAAUCUAUGUUAAGGGACAACAACAUCUUCUGGCCCCUGUGUCCAUCCUGGCAGUGUCACUAAAUCAGCACAGAUAGCGGCAGAAUUUUGUCCAGCUUCUGGAAAGGGAAUUGAACCUCCACACACUCCCACCGUCACAUGGUCAGAGCAGGAGGAGAUUCAGCUCUGGGGAUGUCCGGCCCUGCAGCGUUCCACUGCACAGAUACAUAUGAUGUCCAUUUGGAAUUUGUGACGCAUUCUGGGCGAUGUCUUUCACACCGGGGAACUCUGUUUCAGACCUAAUCCGUUCAGCUCUUUGAAGUGGGCGCCACGUUUACGCUGAUACCAUUUAACCAUUUGUGUCAGGGUCGAUUGCUGGUCUCAGCUAGACUUUGGAAGCUGCCUGGGGUCAUAUGCCUCCGGGUUCAAGACCCGGUCAAACCCAUCGUCUUACUUACACCUACCUACACACUCGAGCUCCUGCAGAAUCUCUGAUCCUCAAAACAUGUGACGGAGCAGACAUGGGACCUGGUCAUUCUGCCGACUUUGAGGACAUGCAGCCAGGGAAGUGGACAUUGCUGUUCAGACCUCCCAUAAUGAAACCUGAGGAGUCGCGGCAUCUCCAUCUUUUACCGUACGACUCAAAAAAGCAAUGGUUUUUGCCACGUGUGCAAAAUGUGGGAACCAUGCAUUUGGACUGUGAGCGGUGUAUUAUGUGUUUUUUACAGCACAUACCGUAUAUGGAGUCAACAUGUCUGGCUCUGAUUGGACACAAAAACCUUAGAGGAUUGUUUAAAGCAGCUGUUAAUGAACUCUUUACUCAUACUAAUGAGAAUAUAAUCAUCUGAAAUGUUCAGUUUUAAUACAUUUAACUGUACUAUUUCUGUUGCUCUGGAAGUUGGAUUUGUUAAUGUUAGUGUAAAGACGUGUUUCCUCUUGAUCGGUGGUCGUCACUGCACUGAGAGUGACAGAGUAAGCAGCCUUUAGCAAGAAACAGAGACUGGAAGAAAGUUUAUUGCUGUAUAAUGUUUAAUCAAAUUAAUUUAUACAUACAUGUGUUCUUCAAAAUGCACUUAGUUGUUUAAGUUUGGUCAAACCUACUUCUCAGCAACUCUAAUCUUUAGGUCAACUUAAACAAAGUUUUGUUUUUUCAAAUUGCAAAUAGUUUUUAUUAACCCUUGUAAAGUCCUUCAGACAUAUUGGGUCUAGGUGACCUCGGGGUCAUAUUCAUUAAUACUCAUAUUCUAGGACAAGAUAAAAAUCAUUGCAAGGACAAACGGUAUGUACAAAAAUGUGAAGGACCGCACAAGGGUUAAUGAUCUUUUCUGUAUCAUCCAUAAAGACCAGAUUGUAGUAACUCUUGAUAUAAACAUUUUAUUUCAGGACAAAUAUUACCAAUAAAAUGAACUAAUAUUAACUAAACUGUCUGUAGAACUUAUGUAACUUUCUUUUUAGUUCUUAGUUGCCCUUCUUGGCUUUUUUUUUCUUGUUCUUUAAACUUGUUGGCUAACUAGGUUAGAAGUUAGUUGGACUUAACCUUUCCUGCUAACGUAGCUAUUUCAGAAUUGAAUAAUACAAACCCACAUGUCGGACACUGUCAAGCAUGUCUGAAGUCUGUUUCAGUUUUUGCUGUCCGACGAUUAAAGUUAAGUAGGACUCGGUGACUUUAUGGUUUUUGUCCCUGUCGUCUCAAUUUACCUGCUCAUUGUGACUCUUGUCGCUGGAAUGCAAAAAGCUGAAGAGCACUUUGUCUCACUGCACUUCACUGUAACCCUGAUUUUAUUGGGUGUGACUGACUUGCAGGCAGCCACCUAAAUGGUUUUUCCUCCUUGAGUUAAGUCUUUGUUCUCAUGGAAGAGUCAAGAACUGGCAAAAUGUAGGCAAAAUCUUGAUUUACAUUAGUGGGACAUACCUGACAUAGUUGGUCAAAGAUGGUCUGUGGACCCUUUGUUGGGAAGUUUGUCUGGAAGUGUCACAUUUUAGUUCCCUGUUAGAAGAUGGAUUGAAGGAUGACAUUAAACAAGUUUUUUAUUUUUUUUAUUUUAUUUUAUAAGAUUCCAUCUCAUCUGCAUGUUUCUCAUCAUUUAAAAAAAUCUAUUCUGUAUGUUUUUAAUCAAAUUAGAUUUUUUUUUUAAUUUUUUGGCAAAAUCCUAUUUUUACAUGUCAUGUCAGCCAGAUGCUGAAAAAUUAGGAUGAAAAGUUUUGAAAAACAAAUUACAAAUUUGAACUGUUCUGCAUGUUUCUCAUCAAAUUAGAGCAUUUACAGAAUUCUUUUACAUUUUUUUGCAAAAUUCUAAAUUCGUAUA